AUGAUAUACCCCGCGUCGCGGACCCAUCACCGCGCGCAUCGGGGAUGGAACCCCGACCCAGCCAUUCUCCGCGUCGGAGACACCUACUACAUGGCAGUCUCCUCCUUCACCUACUAUCCCGGCAUCCCAAUCUACAAGUCCACAGACCUCGCAAAUUGGGACCUCGUAUCCCACGCCCUCCAAGACCCCUCCGUCCUCGCCCUCUAUGGCGUCUCCGCCGGCGAGGGCGUCUGGGCCCCCUCCUUCUCCCACCACAACGGCCUCUUCUACAUCACCUCCAUGACGCGAUGGGGCUCCGACCCGGACUCCCGCUCCUGGCCGCGGAUAUGGUACAUCUCCUCCCCGGACCUCGUCACUUGGUCCCCUCUGACAUGGGCGGAGCCUUACGGCAUCGAUCCGGAUCUGUUUCACGACCCGGCUACGGGGAAGUCUCACCUCAACCUCAUGGGGCCUAAUAAUAACUAUGACCGGCUAUGGGGCAUAACACAAUGCGAAAUUGAUCUCAGCACAGGAAAAUGCAUCGGUCCCUACCGUAAUAUCUGGAACGGAACACUUCCGCAACUGCCCAGCUCCAGACCAGAGGGUCCCAAGAUGUUCAAGCGCGGGGAGUGGUACUACCUCCUCCUAGCGGAAGGCGGCACGAGUACAGGCCACCGCGCGACGAUAGGCCGCUCAAAGUCACCCCAGGGCCCGUGGGAAUCUUCCCCGACGAACCCGCUCAUCUACAAUGGCGCCGAUCCGAAGCUCACGAUGCAGUCGACUGGCCACGCAACGUUCACUGAUACACCUGACGGAGAGUGGUACGCCUCCCUGUUAGCAAGACGGAACGUAAAGGGUGCCUCGCCUCUCGGUCGCGAGGCAUUUCUGGUAAAGGUUGACUGGGAGGACGGGUGGCCGACGAUGAAUGGAGGGAAGCCUCUGUUAUUGAGCGAGAGCGUCGACGGACCAGAUCAGGAGUAUCCCAAGGCGAAAUGGGUUGAUGAUUUUACUGGCCCUGAGUUAGGCAUCAGCUGGUACCAGCAGCGGACGCCGUACACGGAGAACUUCCGCCUGAAGGGUGCGGCGGCGACGGGUGGGUUCGGGAAGAGAGUGGUUGCCAACGACUCGGGGAUCGUGUUCAAUCCCAAUGUUUUCACGCUCGGGGACCGGGAUACGGCGGCUGCUGUGCUUCGAAAGCAGACGUCGUUGAACAUGACUUUCUCAGCUAGACUGUCGUCGACGUCGGCUGGGCUGGGACCAAGGCAGUCGGUAGGAAUUGCGUCGUAUCUGAGUGAAGUCAAUCAUCAAGAUAUUGGCUCAACAGAAUACCCUCUCAGCGAGUCAACGAUCUCCGCAGAUCUAACACUUCACAUCCGCGCCUCGCCUUUGGAAUACUCCCUCGGCUACUCUCGCAGCAACGCGUCUUCGCCCACAUGGUUGAAGACAUUCAACUCCAAGCAGAUGAGCUCGAACCCUGGGUAUCCCAACUUCGAGGGCUCCAUGUUCGCCCUCUUCGCCAGCGGGAAUGGAGAGCCGUGGCCGUACGACGCUCCGGAGGUAGGCUUCAACCGCGUCGAGGAGGUAUACUUUGACGAGGGUCUACCGGACUAUGACAAUUGGGCGUAG